AUGGCAGCUGUGGAGUUCUGUUAUGAGAAUGUAAACGGAUCCUGCAUUAAAACCCCUUAUUCACCAGGCCCUCGGGCAAUGCUCUAUGCAGUCCUUGGUCUGGGGGCUGUGCUGGCUGUUCUGGGAAACCUGCUGGUCAUCAGCGCUGUCCUUCUCUUCAAGCAGCUGCACACACCUACACACUUUCUCAUCGCGUCCCUGGCCUGUGCUGACUUCUUGGUGGGAGUCACCGUGAUGCCCUUUAGCACGGUGAGGUCGGUGGAGAGCUGCUGGUACUUUGGAGAGAGCUAUUGUAAAUUCCACACGUGCUUUGAUACUUCCUUCUGUUUUGCUUCUUUAUUGCAUUUAUGCUGUAUCUCUGUUGAUAGAUACAUUGCUGUUACUGAUCCUCUGACUUACCCAACCAAGUUCACAGCGUCCGUCUCAGGAAUAUGCAUUGCUCUCUCUUGGUUCUUUUCUGUCACCUACAGCUUUUGCAUCUUUUACACUGGAGCCAAUGAAGAAGGGAUUGAGGAAUUAGUAGUCGCACUCACCUGUGUAGGAGGCUGUCAGGCUCCCUUGAAUCAAAAGUGGGUUCUUCUUUGUUUUCUUCUGUUCUUUGUACCCUCGGUUGCCAUGGUGUUUAUGUAUGGUAAGAUAUUUUUGGUGGCUAAGCAUCAGGCUAGGAAGAUAGAGAGUACAGCCAGCCAAGCUGAGUCCUCAUCAGAGACUUACAAGGAAAGAGUAUCAAAAAGAGAGAGAAAGGCUGCCAAAACAUUGGGGAUAGCUGUGGCAGCUUUUCUGGUCUCCUGGCUACCAUAUAUUAUUGAUGCAGUGAUCGAUGCUUACAUGAAUUUCAUAACUCCUCCUUAUGUUUAUGAGAUUUUAGUGUGGUGUGUUUAUUAUAAUUCAGCUAUGAACCCCUUGAUAUAUGCUUUCUUUUACCCAUGGUUUCGGAAGGCAGUAAAACUUAUUAUUACUGGCAAAGUCUUAAAGAGUGAUUUGUCAACAACUAAUUUAUUCUCUGAAGAGGCAGAUAUAGAUUAA